AUGAGGGAUUUUAUAGUGCCUUCAGCCCCACCUUUGGGCUAUAUGACACUGUAUUAUUUUGGAUUGAAUAUUUUAGUAGAGCCAGCACGGGUCAAUUGUCCGAAUAUCAUCAGCAGAAGCCAAUGGACCACUGUCCCCGUUACGCAUGUCAAUUAUUUAAUAGUACCGAUACCUUACGUGACAAUACAUCAUACAGAAUUCAGUCCGGAAUGUAAUUCGCGCGAGACGUGCUCAAGUCGCGUCAACAACAUUCGCGAGCAUCAUAUGAACAAUUUAGAAUGGAACGACAUCGGUUACUCAUUCCUGAUUGGCGGAGAUGGAAAUGUAUACGAGGGAUGCGGAUGGACACACGAAGGAGCACAUACGUACGGAUACAAUAAAAAAUCUGUCGGUAUAGCUUUCAUUGGGAAUUUUGAGCACGAAAAUGCCAGCCAGAUCAUGUUAAACGCCGCACACCAAUUAAUCCUGUGUGGAAAACACUUGGGUAUUCUUCGAAGCGAUGUACGCGUGGUCGGUGCACGACAGGUGAGUUCAACAGACAAUCCUGGAAAGAAGCUCUACGCCCAAAUUCAAAGUUGGCCUGAAUGGGAUAGCAGUCGCAUGGACCUCGGCCACCUCGUAUGGCAGUAGACGAGCGUUUUGAAAGCGGACACUCUCGAUAAAAUGGAAAUGUCUAAUCCCGUUUCGUAACGAAUAGGAUAAUUUAUCUUAAUUUAAUUUGUUCAAUUCGUAAUCCUCAACUUAAAAGUCGUGACGCAGAAUCUAUUCUCUAUUUCUAUGACAGAGCUCGAGCCUUUUUAACAAAAUUUUGGGGGGGAAUUUCGCUGUUCUUGUCCCGUAGCAUCGUUGCAAUCCAUUGGCAAAAUUAACGAAAAGCAUGACGAAUGUAUAAAGACCGUAAGAAAUAUACGUCAAUGUUCGAGGUAA